AUGGAGAAGAAGGCCCUCUUGGGCGACGUGGAGCUCGGCCUCCGCCUUGGCAACUACACCUAUGCCAACUACCACCACAACAACGACCGACCACCACCGACAUCGCCGGCCCGGCACCACAACAAAGUCAACGGGUUCGAGACGCUGCCGGACGAGGUGCUGCUGAUGGUGUUCGGGUGGCUGCCCACGUUCCGCGAUCGAAUGGCGCUGCAGGCGACGGACCGCCGAUGGCGCCUGGCGGCGGCGGGCCACCGCGAGUUUGAGGCCGAGCGCGCCCAGCGGAUGGCCAAGGGCCGGUGGUACCACGAGGAGUUUCGCGGGCGGGCCAAGCGCGAGCGCGAGGCCAAGAGCAAGCAGCGCAACGAGGAGUGGCUGAAGGAGCGCGAGCGCGAGCUGCUCCUGGGCCAGAUCACGCCCGAGGAGGCCCCGCCCGAGGUCCUAGCAAGGAGGAAGCUGCGCCAACGAAUAACGCUCGUGGUCGUCGCUAUUGCCCUGGGGCUCUACGCGGUCGGCAUGGUCGUGUACCUGACACAAAUAGCAUGA